AUGGGCAAAUUGAAAAAGGGAAGAAAGAAUCAAAAGGCAAGGUUGAAUCCGAUUGGAUCUAAAUCACAACAAGACUCUAAGAAAGAUGAAGCAACCAGAACCUCGAAAAUUUUGCCCCUUAUAAACAAACUCAACUCUACUAUACCAAAUGAAAAAUCAAUGGCCCUUGGUGCCAUUACCAUUUUAUCCGAAGAUGCUCGUAUGAGAAAGUUGCUUCUCAAAGAAAAAUUGAUUUCUGUUGUUAUGCAAACUUGUCUAAAUGAUUUCAACGAUGAAAUUGUUGUUGAGGCUUUUGGUCUUUUGAGAAAUUUGGGCAUUGAAGAAGGGUACGAUGUCGUAAAGUAUUUAUGGAGACAGGGUAUAUGGACAAGCAUUGAGAGCGCAUUGAACAAAAUCGACGAGUCAUUCAAGUUUUUACAGGAGAAGGGAAAUGUCGAAAAGGAUAAAUCGAAAUUACAGCUACUAUAUGACUUCACUGAAAACAUAUUGAGUUUGAUCGUGGUUCUUGCUAGCGGAGAUGAUCCAAUGUACGAGUCUAUUCUCAGCAAGAUUGAUCCAAUUCUCGAUUUUAUUUUGAGGAUCAUUGACGGUCACAUAAAUGGUGGUUUAAAAGUUACAAAUAAGUUGCUUGAUGCAUUGUUGGAAUUUAUCUAUGAAUUUUCCACUGAGUCAAUUGAAUUUGUUGAGAAAUUGGAAAGAUUCACACAUUGGGACAAGUUGAUUUCAUAUGUUGAUAAAUCAAGCAGCAACUUGGCAAAGGUCUAUAUUGAAGGAAUUAAGUUUAAUAACUACGAAGUAUUGGAAUCUACCCAUACUAAUAAGCAACAAGUCUUGGGAGAGAUUUUGCAAAACAUUUUUAAUAUUGCAACGAGCAUUAAUUUGGAGAAACUACUGGAACGCAUUGAGUCAAUUGCCCAUCCAAAUAAUGCAAACGAGCCAAUUAAGAAAGAUGCCAACACGUUAGAAAAAGAUUUAUCCUCAAACAAUGAUACCAAGAUCGAAACGAAGAGAGACUUGUCAACUAUUGAAGUUAGUUUGAGUGUCAUUACUUCUGUCCUUGAGUAUAUGUCAGAUAACGAAGAGAACCCCGAGGAGCCCGUCCAUUUAUCACCCGAUAUGCAAAAAGUGCUACUUGAACAAAUCGAACCAAUGUUGAUUGAGCUUUUCAAGUUUGAGUUGAAAGCAAACGUCUUACAAUUGAGCAGUCAAAUCAUUGGCGCACUCAAUAACUUUUGCUGGCUUAUGUUAUGUUGUGAGCCUAUCCCAGUUGCUUGGUAUGAUAAGUCAAUGCAAUUAGGUGGUAUUAUACAAAGCAUGGAUUCUUAUAAAAUUCGAAUGGAAUGUAUGGGUAUAUUUUGGGCACUCGUCAAGAGCUUGGGAAGUGUAAUCGUUGACGACCUAACUAAGGAUUUUAUAGAAGCUCUUCAAAAGGAAGAGGCAACAGAAGAUAACUCAGAUGAGUUUUUGAAUACCGUUGGGGUUCUAGGAUCAAUUGCACCAAUAACUAAAAACAUGGAAAUCACUUUUAUGAUAUCACAGUUCUUGUUAAGAUCAAUCAAAACAGCAUGUAAUGAGCCUCAAAAAACAAGGAACUUAGAAGUGAUCAUUGAAUCAUUGAAUGCAAUCUACGAUAUUUUUGGAGAUAAGGAGUUCGAAUACGAUUACCCUAUAUUUGUGCAGCAUAAUUACUUGACCACGUUGAAGGAUCUCGAGCCUAAAAUCAAGGAGUUUUACAAAAAGAUUGACAAGAGUAAGGAACCGCAUAUCAAAGUGAAAAUGGAGGAGACGUGGAUCAAUUUGGAUAGGUUUAUACAAUACAAAGCUAGCGAAAGGGAAUAA